AUGUAUUCUUUAUGUAAUAAAAUUCACCGCUUCAAACCAAUUACAAAGAACAUUGUCGUCGUGCUUCAAGUAAGAUAAAUUUAAUUGUUAAUUUCAGUACUUAAUCAAACUUUUUGUUUAGGCACUAUAAUAGAUAGGGGCCUACCUAUGUUAACAAUCUGGCCUUUGGGCAUAGAGUUGUUAGAUUUGAAAUCCCUAAUCGGGAACAUGAAUGGACUUUUUUGAAAAUGUUUACAUUUUUCACUUAAAUUAUAUUUUUUUUAAUAAAAUUGUAUCAUUACUAAUUUUUUUCGUUAAACCCAAAUUCGUUUAACAGACCAUCAAGUCUUAUACUGUAAUUACUGUAUUUCAUCUUACCCCUUUUACCCGAUAAAGCGUUAUUCAUAAGUUUACUCUUGCCUCUAUCAAACGGGGUAAACUGAUUGAUUAGUUGGUAUAGAUAAUUUAUAUAAUAUAAGGCCAACCAUAGAUAUAGCUACCUAUGUCCUGAAAGCUACUGUUGUAUCCUAUAGAAUACAUCUAUGCAUUUAUCAUUUAUUACAUAUGUUUAUUAACUAGGCAGGUCUAUAAUUUUUUUAAUGAUUAUUAUAAAUUAUAUAUUGUUACAUUCACUAUUACAAAUUUACAGAGUGAUAAGAACUUGUAGUUUUUUCGAGUAUUUUAUUCUUUCAACCAUGUUUUUUAAUUUAUUGAAAUUUAAAUUAAAAAUAAUUUAUUUUAUUGUAUUAUAAAAAAAAUUAGCAGCAAAUCUUUGACACUAGAAUCAAAUUUUCUCCCAGACUUUGUAUUGCAAUAUUUGGACAGUACACCUGUAAAAAGAAAUACUAGUGAUUUUUGACUUAUUCCCUAUUACUUGUGUACUAUCAAUUUAAUCCUUAACAACAACUCUGUAUAUACACAUUUUAAUCAAGUUACUUACUUAAAGGAUCUGUAAGGGUGUUUAAAACCUAGAAUGUCUAGUGAAAAUACGAAAAAUGAAUAUACAAAUGAUUGAAGAGGGGGUUGAGAGUUGGCAUCACCGAAAGGUCAAUAUUUGAAACUUGCAUCAAAAUAUUUUAUCCAUUACUUCUGAAUGUAAAACGCUAAAAAACAUGCUUUUCCUUCAACAACAUGGUGAAAUUAAUAUCUAAGAUUAACCAACAUUUUCAAUAAGCAAAAAAAAAACUGAUUCCAGAGUUUGAAUUUAUUUGGUUCAGAAUCCGGUAAAAGUGUCUAAAAUUAUCAGGGAAAACAUAUCUUUUUACAGUCAAAUUUGACAAUAAUACAAAUUAUAAUUAUUUAAAAUAAACUGCAAAAAUAUUGUCAUUGUUUCAAGUGAAAUUUAACUAUUUAACUAUUAAUGAUUCCAGUACUAAAACAGAUAUAUUGUUUCAGGUUUCAAAUUUUAGUUGCAAUGUUACUUUGCAUAAACAAAAAGUGUAUACAUCAGUUAGUCAUGCUUUAGAGGAUAUCCAACCAGGAAAUACCAUUCUAUUUGGCGGUGAGUUAAAUAAAUUACUAAAUACAUAAUAUGAAUUUCUAAACUAGUUGUAUUCUUAAAAUUAAAAACUGCCACUUUUUAUAAUGCAAUUAUUCUAUCAAAUAGAUAUUACAUUUUUUUUAUUUCAUUAUUGUUAUUAUUUGUUUGCUAUUUAUUUUUGUAUAAUAUUGACUAGAACCAAGUUGUACAAUGAUAUUUUAUCAGUUUAAAUGUUUUAGGGCAAUAUAAAUAUAUCAUUUUAUAUUUAGAUCAUUGGGUACAAAAGAAACUUUGAAUUAUACUUUUUUUGUGUUUUCCAAUUUUAUGAUCUAACAUUUUUGAAAACCCAAAUAAAAAGCUAAAGUAGUUUAAAAAUUUAAUAUCAAGCAGUGUGUACAAAUCUAUAAUUAUUUAUUUAUUUAUUUAUUUUUAAAAGUUGACGCCAAACAGCUUUUACAAUGGGAAUCACAUAAAAAAAAAAAUUAUUUAACAAUAAAAAAAGCAAGAUAGGUAGAAAAGUAAACAUAAAAUAAUAACUAUAGAAUAAAGUAAAUAAAGCAUAUAACAAUAGACGAUUAGUAAAGUAAGCACAUAAUAGAAUAUUAUAUUUAGUUGCCAUUUAAAAUAAUUAUAUUAAUACAAUGGGUCACAUAGUGUUCUAGCGCUGUUAAUAUCAAUUUUUUUUUUUUCAAUCGGUUUGCCUUUAAAGGAGCAUCAAUUUGAGAAAAUUAAAUUUUUAUUUUCAUUCCCUAAACACAAAAAAAAAAAAACUUUAUUUAUUCACUUAGCCAUUAGCCAUUAUGUAAAAAAUUAUAUUCUUAAAAUUUGAAUAUAUCAUAUAUUCAUAUUAUCCGAUUAAUAGUUUCUUAACUAUAGCCAUUUUAAUUUCUAGAAAUUAGACGUGAAAUCAAUUAGUAUUUGAUAGAAAAGAAUUUCGGUGCUGAUUGUAAUUCCUUAUCACAUAAUGUGUUAUACUCUGGGACCUACUGUAUACUAUUAUUUAUAUAUAUGCAAUUAAAUUUUACUUUGGUUUAUAUUUAGGUUUUGGUCUUUGUGGUAUCCCAGAAAAACUGAUUGAUGGUUUAGUAGAACGAGAAGACAUUAAAGAUUUGACAGUGAUUAGUAAUAAUGCUGGUGUAGAUAAUUUUGGUUUGGGAAAACUAUUGAAACAAAAAAAGAUAUCUAAAGUCAUUGCUUCAUAUGUUGGAGAAAAUUCUGAAUUCGAGCAACAAUAUCUAAAUGGAGAGCUUACUGUAGAACUUACCCCUCAAGUUUGUAGAUUAAAAAAAUAAUUUUUUGAUUGUAUAUUAUGUAUAAUUUUAUUUUUAGGGAACAUUAGCUGAACGGAUACGAGCUGGAGGUGCAGGUAUACCUGCAUUUUAUACUCCAACCGCUGUUGGUACACUUGUAGAAGAGGGUGGUAUCCCACUGAAGUAUGCAUUACAUAAAGAUUUAGAUGAGGAAAUUGAGAACAAAGAAACUAACAAAAGUCAACCAGAUCUAGUGGAAAUUACCAGUGAUACACGAGAAACCCAAAUUUUUGAUGGUCAGACUUAUGUUUUAGAAAAGGCAAUUACCGCAGAUUAUGCUAUUAUUAAAGCACAAAAAGCUGAUCAUGAAGGAAAUCUUGUGUUCAAGUAAUAUAUUUGAUAGUCAAUUUAUUGUAACUAUUAAUAAAAUUUUACAUAUUAAUAGUAAAUCAGCUCGAAAUUUUAAUGCUGUCAUGUGUGCAGCUGCAAAAACAACAAUUGUAGAAGUUGAAGAAAUAGUUGAUACUGGUUCAAUUGACCCAGAUCAAGUGCAUGUUCCUGGAAUAUAUGUAAAUAGAAUUGUACUAGGCAAGGAUUAUGUUAAAAAAAUUGAGGUAAAAUAUUAAUUAGAAAUUAAUAAAAAAUAUUUAAUAGUUAUACAGUUUAAAAAUUUAGAAAACAGUUUUGUCCAAAAAGUCAGAUCAAUCAGUUUCCAUGUUAGCUUGCUCUUCAGCUGCUCAAUUAAGAGAAACAAUUAUUAAACGUGUGGCUCUGGAAUUUAAAAACGGCAUGUAUGGUAUCCUUUUAAAUAUCCAUACUGUAUGUUACUUUUGUUUUGUAGUGUUAAAUAAUAAAGGAACAUAAUUUUGUAUGUGUGUAUGAUACCUGAUAGGAUUUCCACAAAUAUUAUGUAAAAAUGAUUGAAAAUCUAUCACACCAUUCGAGGGAUCUUUUUAACACAGUGAAUGGUAGUCAACAUAAAUUUCUGAUUGAAUAGAAACAAUGCUAGUUCCACUGAUGAAUUUAAGAACACAUAGAUAUAUUUGUAGUAUUAUUGUAUAUUAUGUUACUGACAACAAAUUAAUUUAAUACAAUUUUCAGAACAAUUCUAAAUUUUUUUCGUAACAUGUUCAUAUGUACAAUAAGAAUCUAAAAUAAAAACCUAAAUAACUUAAGUUAAGAAAAAAAAUUGGAAAAAUUUGGUUUGUCUGCAACAUGUAUAUUUUAUAUAUAUAAGUAUGCUUUAGAAUUACAUAUUUUCAAAAUAAUUUUUUUCCAAAAGAUAUUGCUUUUAAUACUUAAUCAUUGAUAAAGUAUAAACUUAUCUAUUAUGCUUACUUUUAAAAUUUCUAUAUAUUAAAAACCUUUAAAAAAUAGAAUAUUUGGAAUCGAUCCAAAAUGUGUUUUAAAUAUUUUAAAAUUAGUAGUUUUAAUUAAAUAAUUUUUGACUGUAAUUUUCCAGUGGAUUCAUUAUUUGCUAUAAUAGGUAAUGUAAACCAUGAAACAAACAAUAUUACUAGAGUACAGAUGUGGUAGUUGUUUUUUUACACCUACUGGCUUCACUCACCACCGAAGUGUUGCUUCAGAUAUAGGAUAACUGCUUAUUUAAUCUAAACCUAGAUCUUAUAUAUCAAUAUUGGAGGAAUAUUAUCUAAAUUGUAAAUCUAAUCUUCACUAUGCCAAACCAGUCUAUUAAGCUUUUUUCAAAUAUAUAUGGACAAAUUUUUAAAGAUUUUAAAAGAUAUUUUAAUAGAUUAAUCAUUAAAUACCACUCAUUUGAAAAUAUUUAAUUCUAAGCAUUUAUAAGUGUGGAUUACAGAAUAAACAAUUUUUAAAUUUUCAAAACUAAUAUUUUUUAUUGGAGAAACUAAACAAAUGUGUUUAAUAUUCUCAUACAUAUAAAAUAAAUAUAUCUUUAAUUUGCUAAACUAAAAUUAUUCCGACAUUUAUACAGCUUACCUUUAAUAAUUAAAUUUAUACUAUACUAAAUAGUAACAUUAUUUAUUUUAAUUAAUAUCCUUAACAAAUAUUCUUAAGUUAAUUUGGGCAUAGGCAUGCCAAUGUUAGCUAGUAAUUAUAUUCCUGAGGGUGUUCAGGUAAUAUUACAGAGUGAAAAUGGAAUUCUUGGGCUUGGUCCUCAUCCACAUACAAAAAUAUGUAUUGAUCCAGAUUUAAUAAACGCAGGCAAAGAAACAGUAACUGUCAUUCCUGGUAGUAGUUUUUUUGGUAGUGAAGAAAGUUUUGCAAUGAUAAGAGGGUAAUAAUAUGCUACAAUAUCGUUAAUACCUAUAUUAUGCUUUAAAAUAUAUUUUAUAUACUGUUAUUUAGAGGCCAUUUGGAUUUAACCGUAUUAGGUGCAAUGGAAGUAUCACAGUACGGAGAUUUGGCUAAUUGGAUGAUACCAGUAAGUUUUGAAUAUAGUUUUUAUAUUUUAAAUAAUUUGAUGUUCUAUUCAAUUAGGGAAAAUUAGUAAAAGGAAUGGGUGGAGCAAUGGAUCUUGUAUCUGCUCCACAUACCAAAGUUAUAGUAGCCAUGGAACAUACAACCAAAGAUGGAUCACCAAAAAUUAUUUCCAGUUGUACCCUUCCAUUAACAGGUAGACGAUGUGUUGACAGAAUCAUCACCGAAAAAGUAAUUAUUAUUUGUUAAAAAUCAUAAUCUUUAAAUGAUGAAUUAAUGAAUUAUGUUGUUUUUUUCUUAGUGCGUAUUUGAUGUAGAUCCUGAGAAUGGAUUGACUUUAAUUGAGAUUGCUGAGGGUGUUGAAUUAAUUGAUUUGGUUCAAAGUACUGGAUGCGAAUUUGUCAAAGCUGAUGAUUUAAAAAUAAUGGGACAAAUAGAAUAG